UGGUUAUUAUUAUUAGCAGUCGAGGAAACUGGUUUGGAAGGGGUUAAGUGGAGACCCUGCCUCCCAGCCAGGAGCGAAUCAGGGAUGGCGGGGAGGAGCCAGGCCGCCGCUAGGAAAGAAAUCUAGAUUGGUCAGAGGCUGCUCCGAGGGACCGAGGGACCAGGAGGAGAAACCAGCAGGGCUUAGGGGCCGUGGGGCAGGAGUUUGGUGCGGGCUCCCUGGCCUCUGCACCAUGAUAGCUCCAAUCAGACCGUGCAGGACCAGCUGCUAGUGGGGGAGGGGGAGGGACAGAGCUGUCUGAGCCGGGGGCAGCGACAGAGUGGGAGAGGACCAAGACCCACAGCCCUCCCAGUCCUCAAGGCAGGGGGCACUGGCUGCACCCAGGCCUUGACCUCAGCUGACCCUGAGAGCCCACAUGGGGCACAGGGUCUAAUUUUAGCUCUAGCCGCAGGGCCCACAGUCCAGGAGUGCCUGCCAGUGGACACACAGGCGGCCAGGGCUGUUCAGGGGCUGCUUAGGCAGGAGGAGGACUGGGGAGACCAUCCCCGCUUCUGUCCAGCCCUGCACUCUGGCCAAGCUGCCUCCUGUGGGAGCCCUGACGGGUCCCCCAUGGCCUGGCAGACAGCCCUCCUCUCCCUUGAGGCGGAGGUCAUGGGGUGCAGCCAGGAGGGCAGAAGGACACGGCCUUGCAGUCCAGACAGGGGUUGCAACAGCCUGAGCAAUACCCAGGAGCACAGGGCGCUGCUGGGAGAGCAAAGGCUGGCUUGGUUGUCCAAAGGCCGGGGAAGCAGAGUCCUGACAGCAGGAAGGCAAAGCUAGAGGGCUGGGUCCUACUUGGCCUCCUUGUGCCUGGCCGGUGACUCGCUGUUGACCCUACGCAGACAGCCUGCCCUCGGUGAGCCUCAGUCUUCCCAGCUGUACAAUGAGGGCGCUGAACUAGAAGGUUAUUCAGGUUCCAGCCGCCCACCCUCAGGCCCCUGAGCCUCCUGCUUCCCCCAGCCCCGGCUGCCGGUGGCCACAUGCAGUCAUGGAGAAGAAAGGCCCUCUUGCUGGCACUGUCGGCCUCUUGGCUCCUCGUCCUCCUGGGAGCCUUCCCCCUUCUCCGCCUGGCAGUGCCCACCAGACCUCGGGCAGGGGCCUCCCAAGGCUGGCCACGCUGGCUGGAUGCAGAGCUCCUGCAGAGUUUCUCCCAGCCUGGGGAGCUCCUAGAAGAUGCCCCUGAACUUUCUCAAGGCCCCCGUGGCGGCAGCUGUGACUGGGGAGCUUGCUUUGACGCCUCGAAGUGCAGGGGUGGUGGCCUCAAGGUAUUUGUGUACUCGGCAGCUGGACCGGUCUCUGAGACUCAUCGCAGGAUCCUGGCUUCCAUUGAGGGGUCCCGCUACCACACAUCCAACGCUGCCGAGGCCUGCCUCCUCCUCCUCCCCCUCACCCGGGACUCCUCAGCUGGAGAGUGCAGCCCGGUGCCCCCGCAAUGGAAUGGGGGCAGGAACCAUCUGGUCCUCAGUCUCCACCCAGCCCUCUGCCCCCGGACCUUCCAGCUGGGACAGGCAAUAGUGGCCGAGGCCAGCCCAACAGUGGACACCUUCCGGCAUGGCUUUGACGUGGCCCUCCCGCUUCUUCCCGAAGCCCACGCAUUACGAGGUGGGGCACCUGGCCAGCUGCGGCAGCACAGCCCCCACCCCAGGGUGGCCCUGCUAGCCCUGGCAGAGGAGAGGGGCGGGUGGCACACGGCAGGCACCAACUUCUCUGCCUGCCCCUGGGAUGGGCGCUGUGAGCAGGACCACGGACCCGAGCAGACCCACCCUGGGGCAACGCUACCCAAUGCCACCUUCUGCCUCAUCCCUGGCCACCGUCCUGAUGCCUCGCACUUCCUCCAAGCCCUGCAGGCUGGCUGCAUCCCUGUGCUUCUCAGCCCUCGCUGGGAGCUGCCCUUCUCCGAGGUCAUCGAUUGGACCAAAGCAGCCAUUGUCACUGACAAGAGGCUCCCACUUCAGGUCCUAGCUGCCCUCCAGCAGAUGCCUCUCACACGGGUCCUCGCCCUGCGUCAGCAGACCCAGUUUCUAUGGGAUGCCUACUUCUCCUCAGUGGAGAAGGUCAUCCAUACCACUCUGGAGAUUAUUCAGGACCGGAUCUUUGGAGCAUCUGCUCACCCCUCGCUACUGUGGAACAGCCCCCCAGGGGCACUCCUGGCCCUGUCCACUUUUUCCACAAGCCCCUCGGAUUUCCCCUUCUACCAUGUACAACAGGGCUCUCGCCCUGUGGGCAGGUUCAGCGCCCUGAUCUGGGUGGGGGCCCCAGGCAAGCCCCCCCUGAAGCUCAUCCAGGCGGUGGCAGGCUCCCAGCACUGUGCCCAGCAUUCAUUUUCUGAGCCCCAGGCCCUGGGCUCGAUGCUGAGGAUGCAGAGAAAAAGCAGGAAGAUUCCACCCCAGAUUCAGAUUCAGAUCUUGGUUCUCUGGAGCAGCGAGAAGCCACCACCACCCAGGUGGCCAGAGACAGCAGUGCCCUUGACAGUCAGUGAGGGGCACAGGAAGGUCAGCGACCGCUUCUUCCCGUACAAUGCCAUCAGCACCGAUGCCAUCCUCAGCCUCGAUGCCCACAGCAGUCUCUCCACAAGUGAGGUGGACUUUGCUUUUGUGGUGUGGCAGAGCUUCCCGGAGCGGAUGGUGGGCUUUCUGACGUGGAGCCACUUCUGGGAUGAGGCCUUGGGCGGCUGGGGCUACACUGCUGAGAGGGCCAACGAAUUCUCCAUGGUUCUCACCUCGGCUGCCUUCUACCAUAGGUACUACCACACCCUUUUCACCCACUCCCUGCCCGAGGCUCUGAGGGCCCUGGCAGAUGAAGCACCCACCUGUGUGGACGUCCUGAUGAACUUCCUAGUAGCGGCAGUCACCAAGCUGCCCCCUAUCAAGGUCCCCUAUAGGAAGCAGCACCAGGAGGCCAGACCUCCACUGGCGCCUGAGGGCCGGGGGCCCAGGCCGGAGCCGCAGCCCCCAGUCCGCAACUGCAUCAAUCAGAUGGCGGCAGGGUUCGGCCACAUGCCCCUGGUGUCCUCCCGCCUCCGUCUGGACCCAGUGCUCUUCAAGGACUCGGUGUCCGUACUACGCAAGAAGUAUCGCAGCCUGGAGAAGCCCUAGGAGGGAGCAGCGGAGACCCCAGCCCUACUCCCGGGGGCGCCCCAUCUGCCUGGGGGGAGCGGAGAGGGGAGGCUCAGCAUCCUCCCUUAGGACUGGCCAAUCAAGGCGGCCAGUCAGCCAAUGCGGCAGAUCCCGAUUGGCUAACCACAGCCCUAGCGCCCCCGAGGGGGCGGGCCCUCGCCCCACCCUCCGGUCCCGCAGCUGGCUGCAGUUCCCCUGUGCGCGGCGCCCGCUCUGCGGCUGUGCGGUGCCGGCGCUGACCCCUUGCCCGCAAUGCCUUUCUCGGCUUCUCUGCCGAGCUGACUUCUACUUGUCUUUCAGAUCUUCGCCUCCUCCAGAAACUUGCCUGACCCCCAUCCCCGCCCCGGUUGGGUUUGGUCUCCUCCUCUGCGCUUUCACAGCCCGGUGUUUCCCGCAGUCCUGACACUGUUCAUGCUGCCUUGCAAGGUACACCGCCAGGCCCCAGGACUGGCCUGGGAGCCCGGGGAGGGCAGGGUCGUGUCUUCUCAUCUCUGGCCUGGCAGGUGCGCCACAAAUAAUUUGACGAACAGAUAGAAGAGACAUCGACGGCGUGGUUGGCUCUGGGCCGAUGGUGGCGAGAGUGUGGACAGGGUGUGUAGAGUGAGAGGCGAGACUCCGUCCCCCACCCCCUGGGGUUCCUAGUCCGGCGGGAAGGCAGCUACCCUCAGACGCCUGGGUUGCCAAGCGCAAUCUUUGCGCCCCAGAGAUGGAGUAAAGAGAUACCGAGAAGCCAGUUUGGGGGCUUCCUUCCCCACCGGGCGGAACAGGAUAGCGAGGUGAAAAAGGGGAUGGGAAUACAGGUGGUCAGCCCCUGCCCGGUCUGGGACCCUUGGCUCAGGCUGGGCCGUCGCCUGCAUUACCGGCCUGAGCCACUAGAGGUCAGCGUCGCACCGUGCUGUCUCCUCCAGGAAAGGGGCCGAAGUUCUCAACACCCUUCGGGUCGGAGAGCGGCCCGAGACGUGGAGGGUGGGCGGUGUGCAGCCCGAGGUCUGAAAACUGCGGGGAGGGAUCUGAAAGAAUAGCCCCAUGCCUUUGGUCCACAGACUUAGGCCUAAGAAAGGGCCAUUUCUAGGUGGGCUGGGUGGGAGCAGGGGCUGUCCCCAGAGCCCUGGUGGUGAGAGUGAACUGGGGGAGGGGACACUGGGUUCCCCAGGUUCAUCCGCCUGGAACUGGAAUUAUCGCUUCCGAAAUAAAACGCGUGUCCUUGCCC